AUGGCGCACGGGGGGCUGCAGGUGCUGGGGCUGGCGCUGGCGCUGGCGGGGGUGGGGGGCGCUGGUGGCGGCCGCGCGGCGCUGCCGCAGUGGCAGGUGUCCUCCUUCGCCGGGGACACCAUCAUCACGGCGGUGGUCACCUACCAGGGGCUGUGGAUGAACUGCGCCAGCCAGAGCACCGGCAUCCUCCAGUGCAAGAGCUUCGACUCCAUCCUCGCCCUGCCCGGGCACCUGCAGGCGACGCGGGCGCUGAUGGUGGUGGCGGGGGUGCUGGGGGUCCUGGCCCUGGCGGUGGCGGUGCGGGGGAUGAAGUGCACCCGCUGCGGGGGAGGGACGACCCCCCGGCGCAAGGCCGGCAUCGCGGCUGCCGGCGGCGGCCUCUUCCUCCUGUCCGGGCUGGCGGGGCUGAUUGCCAGCUCCUGGUACGGCCACCGCGUCGUCACCAACUUCUACGACCCCAUGGUCCCCGUCAACCUCAAGUACGAGUUCGGCCCCGCCAUCUUCGUGGCCUGGGCGGGGGAGGGCGGGGGGCACGGCCGGGCCUACCCCCGCAGCAAGGCCCCCGGCCCCCGGCCCCCCAGCAGCCGCGAGUACGUCUGA